AUGUAUUCUCAAAACUUUGUUUGUCAAAUUAAAAAUAUUUAUUAUUAAUUUUCAGAAACACAAAAUGAGUAUCACUAUACUAAAUGAUCCACAAUUAUCAAGCGAUGUUUAUGAUCUACUGAUGUCAAGAACACCAUCAAUUUCACAAUUUUUGGAAGCAAGAAAUUCAACAACAAGUCUUCCACUGUAUUCUGAAUCAAGAAAAUCAACAAUAUUCUCAACAUUUCCAAGAAAUAUUGAACACACAACAAAUGCUGGAUGA